CCCUAAAACAAAAUUUAAACCCUCGUUUUUAACCACCAUCUCUGUACUCUCUCUCUCUGUACUCUCUCUCCCUGUACUCUCUCUCUCUAAAGUAGUACAUUUUCCCGGAGUCGAAACACCCCCAUUGCGCGAAAUCAGCUCGCCCCCUUCUUGAUCCCCCCACAAAUGGAUUCGCGGGAAGUUCCGCAGCAACAGCCGCCACACCCGCCUCAGCAUCCGAACAUGAUGGUCGGCUUGCCUUCCUAUCCCACAUCCAUGCCCACCGCCGGCAUAAACCCUAAUUCGGGCUCCAUGAUGGGCGGCCCUAACCCGGGACGGUUCCCUUUCAACGCGGUGGCCCAGCAGCAGCAGCCCACGUCGAAACCGCAGAUGGAUUCUUUGAGCCCCAGUCCCUACGAUGGAGCGUUGAGGCCCUGCGGCAGCGGCGGAGGGUUCAACAUCGACUCUUCUUCGGCUUCAGCUGCCAAGAAGAAGAGAGGGCGGCCCAGGAAGUACUCGCCUGACGGCAACAUUGCUUUGGGAUUGACGCCCACGCAGAUUCCUUCUUCGGCUUCGGCCGCGGCUGGGACCCAUGGAGAGUCUAGUGGCACGAUGUCUUCAGAUCCUCCGGCCAAGAAGAACCGGGGGAGGCCCCCUGGUUCGGGCAAGAAGCAGUUGGACGCAUUGGGAGCUGGCGGAGUUGGAUUCACGCCUCAUGUUAUUAUGGUGCAAGCUGGCGAGGAUAUAGCAGCAAAGGUUAUGGCCUUUUCACAGCAGGGACCACGCACAGUUUGUAUUCUCUCUGCAAAUGGUGCCACCUGCAAUGUUACCCUUCGCCAGCCAGCAAUGUCUGGUGGUACUGUCACAUAUGAGGGUCGAUACGAGAUUAUUUCUCUGUCAGGUUCCUACUUGUUUUCUGAAAAUAAUGGGAAUCGCAGCAGAAGUGGUGGUUUGAGUGUAUCCUUGGCAGGGUCUGAUGGUCAAGUUUUGGGAGGUGGAGUUGCUGGCAUGCUUAUGGCAGCAUCACCAGUACAGGUGAUUGUGGGUAGUUUCAUUGCUGACGGGAAAAAAUCCAACUCCAACUUGGUAAAAUCGGGAACUUCCUCUCCCCUAGCAUCACAAAUGCUGAACUUUGGUGCGCCAAUGACAGCAGCGAGCCCAUCCUCACAAGGAGGAGGGUCAAGCGAGUCAUCUGACGAGAAUGGAAGCAGUCCUCUCAACAACAGCAACAGGGGACCUGUGCUCUACAGUAAUGCUAAUCAACCCCCUAAUAUGCAGAUGUAUCAGUUAUGGGGUCAAGCUCAACAGUGAGGAAAUUUAAGAAGAUGAUGAUGCUUCCCAGCCGGUUUACCAGUACAGCGACCACAUUUGACUCACUGCGUUGUAAUUUCAAAUGCCGAUUGACAUCCUUCACUCUCCAAAACAACUCCGAGUCCGAGGGGGUUAUCUUAGUUCUAGAUUAUUGAGCUUUUUUUUUUUUUCUUCUUCCUCGUCUUCACUCUUCAUAUGAUUGAACCAUGGCUAUUGCUGAUAGCUGAGAAUACGCCGCCUGUUCUUUAGGUUCUCAUGAGUUGCAAAUUGCAUUUUAAUUAUGACCA